AUUUGUUGUGCAAAAAUCAAAAAGAAGAGACGAUCACGAAGAUGGCGACGGAGAGCUCUUCAGCUAAGAGAUGGCUUCCACUCGAAGCGAACCCAGAGGUUAUGAAUCAGUUUCUUUGGGGUCUGGGGCUUUCCCCUGAUGCAGCGGAGUGCAAUGAUGUGUUUGGAUUAGACGACGAACUUCUUGAUAUGGUUCCUAAGCCUGUUCUGGCUGUUCUCUUCCUUUACCCCAUCACCAAAAAGAGUGAAGAAGAGAGGAUCGAGCAAGACAAGGAAAUCAAGGAGAAGGUGCAUAGUGAUAAAGUUUACUUCAUGAAACAAACUGUGGGUAAUGCUUGUGGAACCAUUGGUCUUCUCCAUGCUAUUGGCAACAUUACCUCUGAAAUCAAGCUUUCUGAGGGAUCUUUCUUAGAUAAAUUCUUCAAAUCCACUGCCAAUAUGACUCCUAUGGAGCGUGCAAGGUUUCUUGAGAACGAUAGCCAAAUAGAAGAUGCUCAUUCUAUAGCUGUUACAGCUGGUGAAACACCGGCUACCGACGACGCAGACACGCAUUUCAUCUGUUUAGCAUGUGUUGAUGGUGAGCUCUAUGAACUUGAUGGAAGGAAAGCAGGACCAAUUUCACAUGGUGCUUCCUCUCCAGCUACCCUCUUGAAGGAUGCGACGAAAUUGAUGAAGAGGUUUAUUGAGAAGAAUCCGGACACGCUCAACUUCAAUGUGAUAGCCAUCUCUAAGAGAACCUGAGGUUUUUCUUUAAGAAGCAAAGAUCAGUAGUCUUGUUUCUGAGUUUAUGACUUAACUAUCCACGCAGAUUUUAUAUCUAGGUGGUUUCUGUUUUACUGCAUUCUGAAUCUUCUUCUUCUUUUUUGUUUCUGAAAUCUUACAGAGUUUAUGAUCAUGGUUUUAAGAGUGCAUUUCUUGUCUUAGAGAAACAUAUAAACCGAAUCAUAAUACAGCACGAUGUUUGGACUCGUC